AGCCGCCGAAGGAAAAUGGCGCUGAGUCAAGGAACAAAGAAGAAAGUGUGCUAUUACUAUGAUGGUGAUGUUGGAAAUUAUUAUUAUGGACAGGGGCACCCAAUGAAACCUCAUAGAAUUCGCAUGACACACAACCUGCUGCUCAACUAUGGACUUUACCGGAAAAUGGAGAUCUAUAGACCACACAAAGCCAGUGCAGAGGAGAUGACAAAGUAUCACAGUGAUGAUUAUAUCAAAUUCCUGCGCUCCAUACGACCAGACAAUAUGUCUGAAUACAGUAAACAGAUGCAGAGAUUUAAUGUUGGUGAGGACUGUCCUGUGUUUGAUGGCCUAUUUGAGUUCUGCCAGCUCUCUACAGGAGGCUCUGUAGCAAGUGCUGUUAAACUAAACAAACAACAGACGGACAUUUCAGUGAACUGGUCUGGUGGCCUUCAUCAUGCCAAGAAAUCUGAGGCAUCUGGUUUUUGUUAUGUCAACGAUAUUGUCCUUGCCAUCCUGGAACUACUUAAGUAUCACCAGAGAGUUGUGUAUAUUGACAUAGACAUUCACCACGGUGAUGGUGUUGAGGAGGCAUUUUACACAACUGAUAGGGUUAUGUCAGUGUCUUUCCACAAGUAUGGAGAGUAUUUCCCUGGAACUGGAGAUCUGAGAGAUAUUGGUGCAGGGAAAGGCAAAUACUAUGCUGUGAAUUACCCCCUACGGGAUGGGAUUGAUGAUGAGUCCUAUGAAGCAAUUUUUAAACCAGUGAUGACCAAAGUUAUGGAGAUGUUCCAGCCCAGUGCAGUGGUCCUACAGUGUGGAGCAGAUUCAUUAUCUGGGGAUAGACUUGGAUGCUUCAAUUUGACCAUCAAAGGACAUGCCAAGUGUGUGGAGUUCAUAAAGACCUUUAACUUGCCAAUGCUGAUGCUAGGAGGUGGCGGUUACACUAUCAGGAAUGUGGCUCGUUGCUGGACAUAUGAAACGGCUGUGGCUCUGGACUCCGAGAUCCCUAAUGAGCUUCCAUACAAUGAUUAUUUUGAAUAUUUUGGACCGGACUUCAAACUUCACAUCAGUCCAUCCAACAUGACCAAUCAGAACACUAAUGAAUAUCUGGAGAAAAUCAAACAGCGCCUCUUUGAGAACUUGCGCAUGCUCCCCCAUGCUCCAGGAGUUCAGAUGCAAGCCAUCCCAGAGGACUCUGUACAUGAUGACAGUGGUGAAGAAGAUGAAGAAGAUCCUGACAAGCGCAUUUCCAUUCGGUCAUCCGAUAAAAGGAUUGCGUGCGACGAGGAGUUCUCAGAUUCUGAGGAUGAAGGGGAGGGAGGUCGCAGAAACAUGGCCAGUUUCAAGAAACUAAAACGGGUUAAAACAGAAGAGGAAAAGGAAGCAGACGACAAGAAAGAUGUUAAAGAAGAGGAGAAACUUAAAGAUGACAAGACAGACAGCAAACGGGUAAAAGAAGAGACCAAAUCAGCCUGAUCCUACAAGUACGGGGAGAAAAUCCCAAGACCAAACAAAUUCUUAUAGUUUCAUAUAUGCCCUGUACAGAACCACUUCUAUAUCCUAUCCCAGCACAGGCUAAAUUAUUCGUGUCAGGGGGGUGAAAUGGUAAUUUUAGUGGAUUAGUUAAAUUUCACAUCUGUUACCAGAUGUUUCCAGCUCUUUACCUUUCCUUUUUUAUAUAAAAAUGUUCCACAUAUUCCUGUGCCUCUGUAAUCAUCAGUGGUGCAAUACAUUGUGGAUAUAUUUCUCUGUUCCUUCCAUAUACACAUCUCCUGUCAGACAACAAGACAUGUCUGCUACAGUACAUUGAGAAUAUGUACACCUUAUGCUCAGGAUUAGGCGGUGGGGAGGGGGGGGUCCAGCCGUCUUCCAAAUUGGUUUGAGAGGGUUGGUUGUUUCCUCAAGGGAUGGGGAGAAACUGAAGGUCCUCUCUUCCACUAAACUAUUCAGGGAUUCCCUGUUCUCUUAAUGCUGCUAACCCUCCUCCAGAUUAGUGCAUGAAGCAGAUUCUUAGAUGUGGGGAAACCUGUUCCACAGUUACCUCAUACUGGGGAUUGUGGGUAUUGCAAUUGGGGUUUCUACCAUUAAUCAUAGCGGGUUGGAGAGUUUGGGGAUUCAUGGAGUGAAGGAAAUGGAGAAUUUUUAUGUCCAAUUUUUGUGAUGGGAAAUUUCUUUUUUUUUAUGGUUUGAGUUGUGGAAAAGAUUUGUAAUAAAACCUGGUACAUAUA